GGAGCGGCGACCCCCGCCCCCCCUACCAGGUCCCCAGGCCCCGCAGUGAUGCUGGGCCUGCGCGUACUGCCGCCUGGACGCUGAGCGCCCCCACUCCAGUCCACUCUGCCCAAACGAUACCCAAACCGGGGCUCGGCUACGCGGGCCGAGCCCGCUCCCGAGCCCAACGAAGGUCUUAGGCCCCUGUACUCGAGGCCCGGGCUGAACGCCCCGGCGUGGGGGAGGGGCGGGGACGAGACCCCGAGGGGCCUCCAGCUAGAAUGAAGCACAUCAACUUAUCCUUUGCAGCAUGCGGGUUCCUGGGCAUUUACCACUUGGGGGCAGCAUCUGCACUUUGUAGACACGGCCAGAAGCUCCUGAAGGCUGUCAAGGCCUUUGCAGGGGCUUCUGCGGGAUCCUUGGUGGCAACAGUCCUGCUGACCGCACCAGAGAAAAUAGAGGAAUGUAAUGAAUUUACCUACGAGUUUGCCGAAGAAAUCCGAAGGCAGUCUUUUGGGGCGGUGACACCCGGCUAUGAUUUCAUGGCCCGACUGAGAAGCGGAAUGGAGUUGAUUCUCCCUCCCAACGCUCAUGAGCUGGCCCACAGCCGCCUGCACGUAUCCAUCACGAACACCAAAACCAGAGAAAAUUACCUGGUGUCCAACUUUCCCUCCAGGGAGGACCUCAUUAAGGUCGUCUCAGAUAUGGAAAGUGCUGUCUUCCAGUUCAGUGUCCUGUGUUCUUUGGAGAUAACGGAACUCAUGUCAUGUCUUACAGUGCUGUUGGCCAGCAGUUUCGUGCCCAUUUACGCGGGACUGAAACCGGUGGAGUACAGAGGGCAGAAGUGGGUGGAUGGAGGCCUCACGAAUAGCCUACCCAUCCUUCCUGUAGGCCGGACGGUGACCAUCUCACCCUUCAGCGGACGCCUGGACAUCUCCCCGCAGGACAAAGGACAGCUGGACCUCUACGUUAAUCUCACCAAUCAGGACGUAAUGCUGUCCGUGGCAAACCUGGUGAGGCUUAACCAAGCCCUUUUCCCACCAAGCAAGAGGAAAAUGGAAUCUCUGUAUCAACUUGGCUUUGAUGACGCCAUUAGGUUUCUCCUCAAAGAAAACUGGUUUGAAUAGAAUGCUUACGAGUUUAUAACGCAGAGAAGACGUCAUACUUGUUUUUUGUUUUUUAAAUUUUUGUCCACAUCGUUGUUGAUGGAGGUUUCUAAUGAAAUCAUUAAAAAAAAAAAAAAAACUAUCGGGAUUCUCUGUUACUAGUUUUUGUAGUAUUUCUGAUUAUUUCUUCUGUGCAAGGAAAUGAGAGGUAUUUUAUUAGGCAGAACGUACGCGGGUCCUGAGGAGUCCUUUCCAGAGAGCAGGCAGGUCCUUUGGGAAAUUUAGAGGGUAAGCAAUUUGGGUGCACCAUGGGGUGUUGAAACUGGAGGGCCGCCGUUCUUCCUACAGACAAUGCAACAUGGCAGCCCGGAAGCCCAGCAGAUUCGGGCACUAGGGGUUGGGGUUUGCCUAUCUCUUCAGCAAAAGUGCAUUCCCUGCCCACUUUCCUCUUUUUAAACCCCAGCCCACCCCGCACAUCCCCGCUAAGGUGAUUAUCAGGAUGCUUUCAUGGUUCCCUCUUGUAAACCCUCAGCUCUCCUUAAUACCUCUGUCUCUUUACCCAUAUCUCUGUCUCUGUCUCUUACAGCUGAUGUCUUGCUUCCUCUCUCUGUCUCCAGCCAGGCCACAUACCAUCAGAUGUGGACCCAUCACUCUAGGUAGUGGGUAAAUCGACUGAAGGAACCUAGAAGAUACACGUCUACAUAUGAAGAACCAGGUCCACCCAGUAGCCCAGUAAAGAAGAAUUCAAUCGAAAAUAAUCACUCAUCCAUUAUUUUAAGUCCUGUUACACUGAUUUAGCUCUUCCACUUUCUAAGUAGCAAUCCUAUCACUUUGAGGACUUGGAUGUGGGUUUAUACUAAUUCCUGGACACUGUCUCAAGUCUUAAAUCUGUGUGUGUGGGGCUUUGCCAAGCAUCAACUCUUAAUUACUAAGAGGCAGUUAGAAACAAACUGGUUUCAUUGCCUCUGUUUAAUUGUUAUGCAUUUCUCUUUUAACAUUUGAAACCAUCCUUUAAAUCAGUUUUAGGGCUCCUAAAAGCUCCAAAUACACAAUUUUUAGCACAUAAUCACCACCGAUUGCCUCUUUCCUUAUGAGUUAUGCAGAGACACAGGCCUCGGUAGUGAUCCUCCUGGGGUGUCUAUUUCCUGCUCCUCUAGAACACAGGUGGCUGAAUCUUAACAUGUUUCAGACGUGACACGAACAUCUUCCAUUUAGUUCCACAUCCGUCUGUCUGCUCGAUUGCCCCCCUUUUUAUCAUUUUAGGUGACUCUCCUAUUUGUCACAUAUUUCAACCCAUUUUUAUGGGUGCGCCCAUAAGCACAAAGAAACGUUAGCAUGUUAGACAUCGAAGCGACUUUACGCACUGCUUAUGUCUCUGACCGUCCUGGUGGACACUACUCCCCCCGAAAACCGUCGUUAGCUCAUGGAUAGGUGCGUGCAGGGCGGCCGUGUUCUGCCAUGAGGGAAUAGUAGCAGUGUACUGCAGUGCUGCUUUCUGUGAGCCAGGGGUGCUGGACCGAGUUCUCCGGCGGGGCAGGACCGACUUGGGCUCUGUGCCGCUUACAGCGCGUCCUCUCGCGUCCGGACUGACGGAAACCAGGCACUCCCGACAGACCCAGAUCCCGAUAGGUUUGCUGGGUAAUUACUGUGAUAGUCAGCCUAAUAUGUCCCCGAUCGGGGCAGUUUGAUAAUGCUUUUGAAUCUGUCAUUUAAAAUUUCAUUAGUCUUUCUAUUCUUCUUUUCAGGAACGCUCUUUACUGUGUAACUAUGGUAACCCCGUUUCCAUUGGCAAUUAGAGAAACUAGAUUUGGUUUUGAAGUUAAAUAAUGCUCUAAAGGAGCAAGCGGUGUAUUAAAACACACAAACAAACAAAAAUACAACCUCCUUUAUGUUCUGGUUUCACAAUAUCGGGUAUAUUGUGAGCACACCAGCAGCUCGCAGAGAACAGCCGUUCGGCUCUGGGCAUGGAA